AUGACAUGUGAUCGUUUCUGGGGGCUUCGCAUCUUGGCCGUCCGGCACGGGUAUUCUCGACUGUAUCUGUGGCCUGCCAUGGACGACCCGACCCUCCGAGCCAACUUGGUGACGUGGUUCAUGGCGCUGUCGUCGUGGCUAGCCCGUCGUUUUGGUAUCAGCCUGUCUCCCAUGGUCGUCCUCACCAUCUUUUGCACGUGCGAAUACUUUCAAUCCGCGUUUUUACUGUCGUUUCCAGCCGUCGAUGCGCAUUUUCGCACCAUGUACAAGCAAAACCAACUCGCGAGUAGCAGCAUCCAUGGAUGGAGCCUUCCCACACGAUCGUACGGAGCGUUGCGCAACAUGCCGUGGUGGAUUGUCCUCCACGAUAUGUCUUGGCUUGUCGUGGCGUGCAUGGUGCUUGUGGUGUACUUGAUUGCCAUCAAGGCCAUGGCAACCGCGGCCGACGCGCGCCAGCUCUCAUCGCGCCGGUCGAAACGGCGAAGUGCCGUGAAACCGCUCAGCUUUGAGCAGACCGUUGCCAACGUGCACUUGAUGCAUUCAAAUGUGACGCCGUCGUUUCGAGCCAUCUUUCUGGCUCCCCAUCAAGGGCUUGUCGAGCCCGUGGACGAUAUUGUGGGCACGACCGACGCCAAGAUACUGCUCUUGAACGGGUCGUCGUUAUGGUGUGCGGGGUGGGUACGCCUCAACGACGACUACCUCGUCCGCGUCGAAGCCAUUCCGGCCUUGGUGGUCAAUUUGGUCUGCCACACUACGUUCUUCUUGGCCUGUGGCGCCAAGGUGGACGACGGCCGCCUUGUGCAUUUCGAGUGUUUGUGUGUCCAAGAAUUGUCGUGGCGAGACUUUUUCACGCUGUCCAUCGCACACGUCAAGUUGCCUCGACGGUUCAAAGGACUGAGUUUGCGAGACGAAAUCCCCUUGACACAUCGACCCAAGCUAGCCAAAGACGACUCGGAUCGAAAGUCCACCCAUGUCGGCAGUAGUCGUGGCCUGUCUGUGUUCGAAGUCACGGGGUAG